AUCACUAUCUCCAUCUGACACAUCACUUACAAUCAGGAACUUUCUGAAAAAAAAGGAAAAAGGGCCAUUUUAGAUUGUCUUCAGCAACAGCCAGUGUGUUAAUACAAUAAAAACAGUGUACAUGUAUUAAUCUGACAGGUGUGUAAUUGGUUUUUAAACUUGUACUGUUUUUACAGAGAACAGGCAUUUGUUUUUCUCGGACAAAUUACCGACGGAGAAGAAAAGUGGCCUCCCGGUUGAUUUGUUGAGAAAAUUGUCUUUUGAGUUAUGCAAUGGCUUCUUGAAGUUUUGAAAGAGACUAAGAAAAGUAAGACUGUUAGCUGAUUAUUUUGCUCAAUCUGCUUGAUGCUACAUGCACACAGGAUGGAGGGAUACCUCAUUGCACCUUCUUCAGAAGAAAUUAUUACUUACGAUCACGAUAUCUACCGACAACCAAUCGAAUAUUACCCCUACCUUAAUGAUGGUGACAGUCAUGGAGUUAGACCAAGAGGUAUGUGCAGCGAGGGCAGCGAGGUGGCAGACAGUGGGGUGAAAGAGCACUACUGGGACUACCACCAUCACCCCAUCCACCCCAGCGAGUUUGAGGGGUUCCCCGAAAACCACUUCACCGAACUGCAGAGCGUGCAGCCCUUUCCGGUACAGCCCUUCGCCCGCUACGGCGAAAUCGAACCCGUGCACUCCAUAGACCCCGGGCUGAGCAGCACCCACCUCACAAUCUCCCCCCAGAUGCAGUACAUGCAGCGCAGGUACCCUUACACCUCCCCUGCCCAGCGCAGCUCCGAUGAGGAGGACAUGGAGAGAAGGAGCCCGCCCUUUGAGGUCUCAGAUGGAGAGGCCGACCUGGUUGACCACCUGCCCUGUCCCACCAGUGGGGAGCCAGGUAACAAGAAGAAAAUCCGCCUGUACCAGUUUCUGCUGGACCUGCUGCGCAACGGGGACAUGAAGGACAGUAUCUGGUGGGUAGACAAGGAGAAGGGGACUUUCCAGUUCUCCUCCAAGCACAAGGAGGCGCUGGCCAACCGCUGGGGCGUGCAGAAAGGGAACCGCAAGAAGAUGACCUACCAGAAGAUGGCACGUGCCCUCAGGAACUACGGCAAGACCGGGGAGGUGAAGAAGGUCAAGAAAAAGCUGACGUACCAGUUCAGCGGAGAGGUGCUGGGGAAAAUAUCCACCGAGAGGAAGCUGUACCCUCAUUUAUAAAGAGAAAACUGAGAAAAUCGAGAGAGAAAAAAUGCAUUAAGACUGUUGCCGGAAGUACUGCAGCUUUCAUAAUCUGUUGAUAAUUUAAAUUAACCUUGCAACAUUUUUCUUUUUUUGUUGGUAGAAAUUAAAUGAUACAAAUCGGGGCUGUCCAAUUCCUUUUGCAGGGGGGCUGACGUGUCUGUAGGUUUUCAUUCCAACGCAGCUCUUGAGGCCAAAUUAACUCAUUAGGGGCUGGAGUGGAUCUAUUGAACCCCCAGCUCUUCUGGUGCUGUGUGAUUAAAGAGACAAAGAGCACCUGCAGGAACAGCAGCCCCUCCAGGACUAGGACUGGAGGCCCUUCAUAUUGAUGCUUCUAUCUGUUUUAUUUAGAAAGCAAUGAGAUCUCCGAAGGCUGCCUUUCUGCUCAUACCUGUAACUUCAGUGGUAGAGUAGAGGGAACCUUCAUGAUUCCGAGAAUCAGGAGUGGAUCCAGCUUCCCAAAUUAGCACUUGCUGUGAUCAUCCAGUGAUUCCAAACCCUGGUCCUGGAGGAACUUGUUUAUGCUACACCUGAGAUCUUACUCAUGGGCUCAUUGAUUUCUGUUGAGGGCUUAUUUGUAAAUUUCAUUUUAUCUCUUAAAAGGCCAAAUGGAAUUUGUAUUGGGUAUCAAUUCCAAUACCGAUUUCUGGGUUUGGGGACCCUGAAAUGGACAAAACACUCAUCAUGGGCGUGUCUGGGCCUGGCAUGAAUCCAUCGACCGGUACGAUCUUAACAGUUCAGCCAGAAAUCAAGCAGAGGAGAGUCUGUGCAGCGGAGCCCCUUUGAAGUCAGAUAUUUAUGACAGGGAAGAAAUGACCAAGUGAAACAGCAGCCUGAACCAGCAAGCUGAUCACUUAAUUCAUCAGUUACCACGGUAGUUUUAGAGUUCAGCCGCAAGGGAAACCGGCAGAGAUAGUGUUGCUCCAGGACCAGGGGUGCAGCAAGUGGUGUGGGCGGACCAGUAGGUGGCGCUCUUUCCUCUAGCCCACAGUAAAAUGUAGUGCAAAUCAUGGGAUAAUCAUGGCAGAGUAAAUAGAAAGACCCUGAGAAACUAACAUUCAGGCCUCCGGUAAGAAUUAUACCGAUGUACAUUUAAUAUUUAUUACAUGAACUGAAGUCUUUCUUGCAGGUGAUACUAGUAGCAUUAAAAGGUUAACUGGUGCUUUCACUGCCAGCUCAUUAGACUGUACAGAUAGCUUGAAAUCACUGCCUUGUAACACACCUAUUACCUUGGAAGCCUAUUGAACUGCUGGGUACACACUUGUAUCACUAUAAGAGAUCUGAUUUUAGAAACUAGGGCUGUGGCAAAUUUAGAAAGGACUGCGCGUUUAUGAAAUCUCAAAAUGAGAACUGAAAAUGAACGAGAGGAACUCAAAAGGCAUCGGCCUGGACAAUAACAAAGAAAAAGUUCACAACAUUCCCAGUGUGCCGGGGGGGACGUCCUGGCCAACGGCGCCCCUACAGGCCCGACCGCGCAUUACCUUCAGUGUUGCCGUUUGUAAAAAACUGCAGAAUUUCCAAAAACGUUUGUUUGAGCGAAAACAAAGCCGUUUCUGACUACUAUAGACACAGACACAAAGGUGGAAUUUCAUGUAGCUCCCGGAACUGAAGUGAUUUUAAUUUUCGUUGUUUUUUUUUAAUUACUUGCUGUUAAACAUCGUUGUGUUCAUUUCUGUUUUGUUUAUUUAAUUCUAUGUAAAGCUCUACGUUUAUCUACAGAUUCCCUGUAUUAUAUUUUCACAAUCCAGUUGCUCUAAUAGCUGUUUUGGUAACUAAACAAUAUUUUACAGUACAGACGACCAAAUAUGUUUUACAGUUUCGCUUGUAAUAUUUGCCUUAGAGCCUAUAUAUAAACUAUUUUUUAUCAUUUUUCAUUGCACAUGAGUUUAUUUAACACGCAGUGGCAUUAUCACUGCAAUUGAUUUGAAACAGUCUGGUCGAGCAACGCAAGAGCUUGUUACCUUUUCCCUGCCUUGCGCAUCCGUUUUGAGCACACUAGCGUGCGUUCACACGGGGCCGGCAAGUCCGGUCAAAAACUGUAGCAAACCGCUGUUUCGAAAAUGCCACUAUCUACUGUAGCUUCAGACAACCCUCCCCCCGCUCAGUUUCAUCGUCUGUUUCUGGACUGAAUCGGCUGAUGAGCAGUAGACAGGGCACGGGGGGUCAAAGAUAAGAGAACAGCUCCCCCAGACCCCACUAGAGAGGACCAGAAGACCCAAGACGUUAAGACAGGGGCUGGGGGAGAGAGGGACUCGGUGACAGUCCGCUGGGAGCGUGUGCUACACUGCCCGUAUUCCGUGUUAGACUGGGGUGCUGCUGGGACCAGUGUUGGAGGUCGUGUUCUCCCCGGUGCGUUCUUCGCCGGACUCUCAUGUAUUGUAGCAGUUGAGAGCCCUUCGUUAAAGAGGUGAGGCAGGCAGAGGACGGGGGAGGGAAUUGGGCGAUGGCAACAGGACGAGCACGCAAUAACGCAGUAGAGGCGUCUUAUUUUUAGGUGGCUGUUUUUGAAGGUAAGGGGACGCGACCCAGAAGACAAAAGAGACUCGUUUUUUUUUUGUUGUUGUUAAAUUUCAGUCAAGAAAAAAAUCUUACCAUGUAAGUUCCAGUCUUGGCUACAACGUUUUGGUACCUUAACACAUUGGCUUGUUAUGGUUAGCGCCGAAACCCAGAAAA